CCUUCCGUUGCGCACACACUCAGUCCGCGAGAUACUCAGUUCGCGUGCGCCAAAGAUAGAGAGAUACAAAGAUACAAACAGCAGAAAAGAUACAGAUACAAAGCGUAGAAAGCCAAUCGACAAAGUGCUGAAAAUGCAGCUUGCUUUAUAAGUGCCAAGUGUUGACAAGUGUCCAGAUACAAUAUAUCGAAAUACCUGAAAAAAAACAGGUGCCCAGCUUAAUCCUCGCUAAAGAACUACAAGUACCCACAAAAUGCUGGUCGGUUCGCAUCCGUAUCUGUGCAACGGCGUUCCCGUCGCCCCCACAAAUCCCGCUGCCAAUGGCAGUGCGCAAACCACAACGACGACGGCCAGCAAAAGUGCCGCCGGCUCAGCGACGGACUUCUCCAUCGCCGCCAUAAUGGCCCGCGAAGAUGCCUCCAGUCGUGAGUCCUCCAUUCGCAGUGCAAGUCCCAUUUCGGUGGAGGAUGAGGUUGACGUUGAUGUGGUUGACUGCAGCGAUGCCGAGGAGCCGCCGACCAAGGCGCGACGUUUGAACCACCAUCAGCACCACAAUCACAAUCACCACCACCACCAUCAGCACCACAAUCACAAUCACAAUAACAACAAUCACAGCAACAGCAACAACAACAACAAUAACAAUAAUAAUGUGGCACACAAGAGUCGCAACAGCGCCGGCGCCGUGGCACAAACAACAGCUUCCGCCGAAUCGCAGCUAAAUACCAGCUCGACGAGCAGCCAAGGACGCUGCUCCACGCCGCCCCAAUCGCCGGGCACGGAGGACAGUGAGGAGCGUUUAACACCCGAACCGGUGCAGAAGGCACCCAAAAUCGUUGGCUCCUGCAAUUGCGACGAACUGAAGCCGGUGCAAUGCCACCUGGAGACCAAAGAGCUGUGGGAUCGCUUUCACGAUCUCGGCACCGAGAUGAUCAUCACCAAAACGGGCAGACGCAUGUUCCCCACUGUGCGCGUCAGUUUCUCGGGUCCGCUGAGGCAAAUCCAGCCCGCCGAUCGCUACGCCGUGCUGAUGGACAUCAUCCCCAUGGACUCGAAGCGGUAUCGCUACGCCUACCAUCGGUCCGCUUGGCUGGUGGCCGGCAAGGCCGACCCCGCCCCCCCAGCCCGCCUCUACGCCCAUCCCGACAGCCCCUUCAGCUGCGAGGCGCUGCGCAAACAAGUUAUCUCCUUCGAGAAGGUGAAGCUGACUAAUAACGAAAUGGAUAAGAACGGACAGAUCGUUUUGAACUCGAUGCACAGAUACCAGCCAAGGAUUCACUUGGUGCGUUUGAGCCAUGGCCAGAGCAUUCCGUCGAAUCCCAAGGAACUGCAGGACUUGGACCACAAGACCUACGUGUUCCCGGAAACGGUGUUCACGGCGGUGACGGCCUACCAGAAUCAGUUGAUCACCAAGCUGAAGAUCGACUCGAAUCCGUUUGCCAAGGGAUUCCGCGACUCCUCCCGCCUCACCGAUUUCGAUCGCGAUCCCAUGGAGGCACUGCUGCUGGAGCAGCAGCUCCGUUCGCCACUGCGUCUGUUUCCCGAUCCGCUGAUGCAACAGUUUGCCGCCCAGGGCGAUCCCUCCUCGAUGGCCCUCUUCGAGAAGGCCCGCCAGCAUUUGCAAAUGUUCGGCGGCAAUUCACCGUACGCCCAGCUGAUGAUGCCACAAAUGUACCAGGCGGCUGCGGCGGCAGCGGGACCACCACCGCCGCCGCCGGGAUUGGGCGCCUUCCACAUGUUCCAGCAGCAGUGGCCGCAACUCACCGCCGGUUUCUUGGCCAGCGCCAAUCAGCAGGCCGCCGCCGCUCAAGCUCAAGCGCAGGCGCAGGCGCAAGCGGCUGCCGCUGCAGCGGUAAUGGCCGCCAACCGGACGCCGCCGCCCCCGCCCACCGCAUCCACGCCCUCGUCGACGUCAUCGGGAUCGCCAUCGCCCGAUAUGCGACCGCGGCAAUAUCAGCGGUUCAGUCCAUACCAGCUGCCCGGCGGUCAGGGGCCGCCCACCUCCGCCGCCGGCUCUCCGCCCGUUGUCAGCGCCUCCCGCAGCCCCGCCCACUAGGCUAGCAAGCUGCCCCUGCCCCCAAGUUCUUGCCACGAGCAGUAUUAAAAACUAAAAACAUUGAGGCUAGAAGUUGUCUAAAGUAAAAAUAUUGCAGUGAAGGUAAAACGAUACUUUUAAAAAUUAAAAAAAAAUUCAUAAAAGUAUAUAUAUGAUCUUUCGAACUUAAGCUCAUGUUUGGUUAUAAAAUUAGUUGAAAACAACGUUUUAUUUUUAAAAAGCUUUCAUCACAGCUGCUCUAAUUGAAAAUAUAACCCGAAUAAGUAAUUUUUGGUAUUGUGUUCUUUUGAUUUUUGUGACAAAGUACUAUGUGUGUAAAAUCUAAAUGCAAACAAGACAAGAACAUUUUUAAGGUUCUGUUUUAGGCCUAAAAAAAACAUAUUACUUGCAUUUAAAGAAAAUAUAUAAUUUCAUUAAAAUCUUUUUCACAUCAGAUUUUAACUUUAGACAACUUCCAGACUCAGUGCAAACGGAACAAAAAAAAAACUAAACUUCGUUUUGAAUGUUGUAAAUUAUUUGUUGUUUAUAUGAAAAGCAAAGAAAACAUUUCUCUCUAUUUGUUGUAAAAAUUUUAAAUUAUUUAUAAGCUGUACAGUUCUUCUCACUUUCCCCUAGAGAAUUUUUGUAAUUUAGUUUAAUUUAUUGUACAAAUGUUUCAAUGUUGUUCAAAAACUCAUCUCAGUGUAAAGUUAGAACGAAAUUCACUCAAAAACUAUGCAAACACAAGAAAUAAAAAAAACAAAUUAAUAUAUAAAAAUAAAAACGCUGCACGAUUGUAAACUAUAUGUAUGUAGCUAUAUAUAGUGUAAACAUUAACCGUUAGUUAUGCUAUUACAUCUAAAGAUAUAUUUAUAGUAUUAACAAUAAAUUCAUAGACGCUUCAGUUAGUUCUAUUUAUCCGGCGAAAAGGAGAAGAUUUAUUUAGCAUAAAUUAGAGGAGAAUAAAACCAUAAUCUGUAUUCAAUGUGAACGCUAAAAAAAAAGUGAAAACACGAAAAAUAUUUAAACAAAAAUUAUCAAACAAAAAAACACACAAAA